AGGCACAGUCCACUGGGAGUGACCUGAGAGAGUGGAUUAUACUAUUCCAGGAAGGGGAAGGCCAACAUACACUCAGCAUAAACAGCCUUGCCCCCCACCCCCUUACCAGAGUGACACCAACCAUAUUCAGGAGCUGGACCCUCCACAGCCUACGGUGCUGGGGUCACCAUCUUCUUUUAUUGUACAAGAAAGGAGAGUUCCUAUCAUAUACUGGAAAGAACAUGUUCUUUUGGGUAUUAGCCCUCCUAAUCUUUUGUGGUUUUGUAUGGAAUUACAAAAGACAACUAAAGAUUGCAGACAUCACUGAUAAGUACAUUUUCAUUACUGGGUGUGACACGGGUUUUGGAAAUUUGGCAGCCAGAACUUUUGAUAAAAAAGGAUUUCAUGUAAUUGCUGCUUGUCUGACUGAAUCAAAAUCAACAGCUUUAAAGGCAGAAACCUCAGAAAGGCUUCACACCGUGCUUCUAGAUGUAACGGACCCAGAGAAUGUCAAGAGGACUGCCCAGUGGGUGAAAAACCAAGUUGGGGAAAAAGGUCUCUGGGGUCUGAUCAACAAUGCUGGUGUUCUCGGAGUGCUGGCUCCCACCGACUGGCUGACAGUGGAAGACUACAGGGAACCUAUUGAAGUGAACUUGUUUGGACUCAUCGAUGUGACAUUAAAUUUGCUUCCCUUGGUCAAAAAAGCUCAAGGAAGGGUUAUCAAUGUCUCCAGCAUUGGAGGUCGGCUUGCACUUGGUGGAGGGGGUUAUACUCUCUCCAAAUAUGCAUUAGAAGCCUUCAAUGACAGCUUAAGACGGGACAUGAAAGCUUUUGGUGUACACGUUUCAUGUAUUGAACCAGGAUUAUUCAAAACAGGAUUAUCAGAUCCAGUAAAGGCCACCGAAAAAAAACUUGCCAUUUGGAAACAUCUGUCUCCAGAUAUAAAACAACAAUACGGAGAAGGUUACAUUGAAAAAAGUCUAGACAAACUGAAAGACACUAAUUCUUUUGUGAACAUGGACCUCUCCCUGGUGGUGGAGUGCAUGGACCACGCUCUCACGAGUCUCUUCCCCAAGACCCAUUAUGCUGCUGGAAGAGAUGCCAAGACCUUCUGGAUACCUCUGUCUCACAUGCCAGCAGUUUUGCAAGACUUUUUAUUGUUGAAACAGAAAGUAGAGCUGGCUAAUCCCAAGGCAGUGUGAGUCAACUGACAACAAAUGCCUGCCCCCAGGCUAUGAGAUUGGCUGCUUUCAAGGACACGUCUCCUUUUUGGUCUCAUUCUUUACCUGAUCCAACCUGGACUCAUUUAGAUCAUGCCUCUUUUGAUAAAUGAGGGAAUCCAACCACCACUCGGGAUGUCCCAGGGUCCUUUUCCAAGCCUUCUUUGGAAAGAAGGGCAGUGAUGAUGGGUCAUAUAGAAAGGCCAGGAUGGCACCUGCCCAAUAUUGAGGUUUUGCCUGCUUAAUAAGAUGUAAAGGAAAUUGAAAGACUUUCCCAUUCAAAAUUAUAUCUAUCACCUGCUCCAUGCCUCUAGCCACUACCCCUUGAACUCCAGAAUGUUAAAUAUUUACCCCUUACCAAAAUGUUGAGAUAAGUAGAAUACUGGGGCACGUGGGUGGCUCAGUUGGUUAAGUGUCCGACUCUUAAUUUCAGCUCAGGUCAUGAUUUCACAGUUCAUGAGUUCAAGCCCCACAUCAGGCUCAGCGCUGACAGUGUGGCCUGC